CGGAAGUGAGCUCAAGCAUCCGCCAUAUUGUUGAGGGGGAGAGUGCUGUCCACGCUGGGAAGCAGGAAGUAUGUCGGCUUCCUUGCUGAGAAAAGGUCUGGAGCUGCUGGAGGCGACAGGAGCGUCUCCUUCUCAACCCAAGAAAGCGGCGUUCUCCUCCGGGCCGACCAAGCAGUUGCUGAAAAAGGCGAGGAAGAAGAAGAAGUGGCCGGGGCCUGGAAGAAACAAGGCCACCGUCAAAGGCAAAGUGGUCAAAUCUGCUUUAGAGGAAUAUAGGAAACGUCAAGCUGUUGACCAUUUUGAGGAGAAUAUGCAGUACAUGAUGAGCAGUCACUUCGUUACAGACAACACUGUCACUAAAAAGAUUUUAGACCAAAACAGAGGGAGGAAAGCUAAAGACCGCUCCCAAGAGGAAGCAAAGAAGAAACCUUCAAACACAGUAUUCACUGAAGAAGACUUCCAACGAUUUGAGAGGGAAUAUUUUGAGGGAGCUGGAGGAGUCUGACCAAAUAGACUGCUUCUCAUUGUUUACAGAUCCUUUUUAUAUUUUUGGGAUACAUAGAUCCGUUAUCUAAUGUGGGAUGUUGCAGUUUGUCCUGUGUGCACAAUCUUUAUUUCCCUAUCACCAGGAUGCUAACUGCUCAUUUACAUUUAUCUGCUGCUGAAUGAAAUCUCCCAUCAUAUAUCAGAGAGAAGCUGCUUACCAAUUUGGGAGAGAGGAAAGUCUUCUAGAGCAUAAGUACAAGAGCCCAAUUUGCAGACAACCACACUUGAAUAUUAUGCUUAAUACAUAAGCAAGUUACUGCUCUUCAGCCAUCCUUUAUAUGUAACAAGUACAGUAGCACUAGCCAAAAAUGGGAAUCAGUUGUUUCAAAAGAGAAGUAGCAUAAAUCCAGGAUUGUUGUACUCUAGAGACUGAUGCAGUUCAUAGUUCCCUAUUACUCAGUCAUGUGAGAGUAUGUCAGUCUCAAUAUUGUAUUAAUAAAGCGGUGUAGUAAUUCUGCUCACUUAUAAGAUUAAAAUGUUGGUACUUUU